AUGGAUGGCAAAGCCAAAUCUGUCGGACUGCCUUGUCCUGAUUACAAACGUGUGCAUGAGGGCUUCAAACUUGCAUAUUCAGAGAUGGCAAAAAAGUACCCUUGUUUUGGUCAUGCAGUCAAAAUGCCCAAUAUUGUAUGGUGGAAGACUGUUGUGAGAAACUCCUUCAUCAGGGCAGGGUAUGAUUAUGAUGAGGAGACAUUUGAAAAAAUAUUCAGGCGCAUAUAUGCAUCCUUUGGGUCAUCUGCACCUUAUACUAUUUUUCCGGAUUCUCAACCAUUCCUAAGAUGGGUACGUGAAAGUGGUCUCAAAGUUGGGCUGGUUAGUAAUGCGGAGUAUCGGUAUCAGGAUGUAAUUCUUCCAGCACUGGGUUUGAAUGAGGCAAGUGUUCAAUACAAUGGAUCAGCAUGGGACUUUGGCGUGUUCUCAGGUAUUGAAGGUGUAGAAAAGCCAGACCCGAGAAUAUAUGAGAUUGCUUUGGAAAGAGCUGGGAAUGUUGCACCAGAAGAAGUCCUACACAUAGGAGACAGCAUGCGCAAGGAUUACUUGCCAGCAAAGAGUGUGGGGAUGCAUGCAUUGCUCUUGGACAGAUUCAAGACUCCAGAUGCUGACAACUGGAGGAAAUCUGGUGCACCUGUUCUCCCUGAUCUGGUAGCUGCAAAAGAAUGGCUUGCUUCUGAAAAGUUGACUUGCCAACAAGCUUAA